AUGACACCGGAAAAAACUGCACAAAUGUGGGACAAGCUGCCUGAUCGAAUCGUGGAGACCUUUACAGACCAAACGGUUUUCAUAACAGGAGGGACCGGCUUCAUGGGGAAGGUCCUGCUUGAGAAGCUUUUGAGAAAAUGCCCCGACAUUCGCGAAAUAGUGGUUCUUGUACGAAACAAGAAAGGGAAAUGUCCACAGGAGCGUUUACAGCUAAUAUUUAGUGAACCGCUCUUUGCAAAGGUGGCAGCAUUGCGAGGUGGCGUCGACAAGCUGCUAUCCAAAAUGCGCAUUAUUGGUGGGGAUGUGAGCGAACCGGACCUCGCCAUGUCAGCUAGUUGCCGCCAAUACAUUAUCGACAAUGUGGACAUUAUAGUGCACGCUGCUGCUACAGUAAGAUUCGACGAGGCGUUGAAGAAAGCCAUACUGCUAAACGUUAGAGGCACCAAACUUAUUUUGGAUUUAGCAAAGGAAUGCAAAAAAUUAAAGUUGUUCAUCCACAUAUCGACUGCCUAUUGCCACCUCCACGAGAAGCUACUGGAAGAGAGACCUUAUGAUCCACCAGCUGACCCGCACAAAGUUCUCGCCGCUGCGGAAAUAUUCAAUACGGAAACCAUCGAGCAUAUUGCGCCUAAGCUACUCAACAACCUGCCGAAUUCGUAUGCGUUCACAAAGGCGCUCGCUGAAGCACUGGCUGUAGAAGCAAUGAAACAGAUCCCUGUGAUAAUCCUUAGACCUUCUAUUGUCAUACCUAUUUGGCGGGAGCCGCUGCCCGGUUGGACUGAUAACAUAAAUGGACCAACCGGACUACUUAUUGGUGCUGGCAAAGGCGUCAUACGUUCUAUGUACUGCCGUAGUAACAGCUAUGCUGAUUAUUUGCCCGUGGACAUUUUCAUAAACGGCAUCAUGGUGGUCGCUUGGAAUUACCUUCAGCGCGGUGACAAGGAAACGACGAUUUACAACUUCACCAGCUCAGCUGAAGUGAAAAUUACGUGGACGGAGCUGAUUGAGACUGGCAAGGAAAUCAUAGUAAAUAGAGUGCCCCUCAAUGGAGUUGUAUGGUACCCAGGCGGUUCGAUGAAACACUCCCGUCUGUUACACAAUAUCUGCGCGAUAUUAUUUCACUGGAUACCCGCAAUUUUAGUCGACACUUUGCUCUACGUUCUGAGAUUUGAACCAGUUUUAAUGCGAGUCCACCGUCGUAUCAGUAAGGGUUUCGAUGUAUUCGAAUACUACACAAACAACCAGUGGGACUUCCAAUCGGAUGCUUGUCAGCGCCUGCGUGUGCACCUCAACGCGAGGGAAAAGGAGGACUACAAAAUAGACGCCAUUGGUGUGGAUAUUCCAAAUUACUUUGAAGACUGCGUGCGAGCCGCCCGUGUCUACAUACUCAAAGAAACUGACGACACAAUACCAGCGGCGAAACGGCAUAUGAAAAUAAUGCGAACUGUCGAUCUCAUAGUUCGAUACGUUUUCAUCGGUUUCAUCUUGUGGAUUCUGUCGAGAUGGGCGUCUACAAUCUUAAGUGGAAAAUCUGAACAAUUACAUGUUUUGUGA